UAUCGUAGCAAUCUAUGCAUUGAAAAUUAAUAAGUUUUCCGUCAUUACCAAAUCCGGUUUCAAACCUUCAAGUACAUGUUUUUUAAUUGUUUGGCCAGAGAAUAACCCAAAGACAAAAUGCGAGGCUGGGGUCUUAAUGCCUUCAAGGAACCGUUGACUUGGCCACUCUAUGCGCUAUGUAUUGGCGAUCUAAUUUGGGUUAGCUCGAUGUCCAUGCGUUGCCUGUUCAAAAAUCCCGAUGUCUGUCUAGAUCACAAGAAUAACCCUGAGCCCUGGCAAGCUUACCGGAAUAAAGCCUAUCGUCUGAUACCGAACAAGUACGAUUAUUCUCAGCCACAUCCAGCACCAAUAAUAGCAAAUGGAAAAGUUAUUGAACCGAAAAAGAAGUGAACAUCCUAAUUGGAGAAAAUAUUUGGCUUGUGAUAGAAUAAAAACUAGUCGAAACUA